UAUCACCUUUCCUGGGGCACCGCCACCGCCACCGCCACCGCCCCCGUUCGCCUCUCCUUUCUCCUCAUCCUUGCGUCCAAAGCCCUCGUACCGAGCAGUAGAUAGAACACUACCAAGGAGAAAGAGCAAGAAGAGGAAGAAGAAGCAGUUGAGGAACAGGUAGAAGAAGAGAGGAAUAGUCCGUCCAGCCAUGCCCCCUCGCCCUCGAUUCGCCUUCGGCCGGACCGAAGAUGCCGUCCAACCUGACACCAUGCGCGCCGCUCUCUCCGAGUUCAUCGGCACCGCCAUCUUCGUAUUCGCCGGCGAAGGCUCCGUCCUCUCUCUCGAGAAGCUGUACAAGGACACCUCCACCGCUAGCGGCCUUGUGAUGGUUGCCAUAGCCCAUGCGUUGGCCCUCUUCGUUGCGGUCUCCAUCGCCUUCAACAUCUCCGGCGGCCACAUCAAUCCGGCAGUCACCUUCGGUGCCCUCGUUGGCGGCCGGAUCUCCGUCAUCCAUGCCGUCUGCUACUGGGUGGCCCAGCUCCUCGGUGCAAUCGUAGCUUCACUCUUACUAAGGGUCGCAACAGGAGGCAUGAGGCCGUUAGGGUUCUCGCUGGGAUCGGGCAUCGGCGAGUGGCAUGCAGUACUGCUCGAGAUCGUGAUGACGUUCGGGCUUGUCUACACCGUCUAUGCCACGGCGAUCGACCCCAAGAGAGGCCAUCUCGGCACCAUCGCACCACUUGCCAUUGGCUUUGUCGUCGGAGCUAACAUCCUCGCCGGCGGUCCGUUCGACGGUGCCUCCAUGAACCCGGCACGGGCUUUUGGUCCGGCGCUCGUCGGCUGGCGGUGGAGGCGCCACUGGGUGUACUGGCUUGGGCCUUUUGUGGGUGCUGGAAUUGCAGGGGUUAUGUAUGAGUACCUUGUUAUCCCCACGGAGACACCCCAUCCCCAUGCUCACCAGCCCUUAGCUCCAGAAGAUUACUAGGCAAUCUGAUCCUAAGCGAGCUAGUUGUCCUGAUCCUUUGAUUUGUUUCUUCUUUAGUUGUUUGGUCGCGUUGAGUGGAGUUGUUUGUAGAACGGUUUGUAUCCUGGCUUG